AGCUAGCUCCUCUUUUCGUUUCAGGAUUCACCCCUUCCCAAGGACCAUGGCGGUCAAGUGUUCAGUUUGCGGCGAGGGGUGCCCAUCGCGAAGUGUCCUUAAAGUCCAUAUGCGCAUCCACGUCGCAGAUGAGUCAUCAUACGAUUGUGCCGUGUGUCACAAGACUUUUGCCCGGAGCAGCGACCUCAAGGCACAUCUGAAAACUCACACUGGAGAAAAACCGUUCAAUUGCAACGUGUGUUACAAGAAGUUUAGUAAGAGUAAUAACCUGAAGAUUCAUUUCCGCGUGCAUACCGGUGAAAAACCAUUGCAUUGCACUGUGUGUCUCAAGAAGUUUUCCGAUCCGUCAAAUUUAAAGGUGCACAUCCGAAUUCAUACGAGUGAAAAGCCAUACAAGUGCACAUUUUGUGCCAAAUCAUUCGCAGUUAAUGCUCAUCUUAGAAAUCAUUCUCGAACUCAUACUGGAGAAAAGCCGUACGAGUGCACUUUGUGCAAAAAGACUUUUUCUUACAAACCUAGCCUCAGAUAUCAUCUCCGAACUCAUACUGGGGAAAAACCAUACGAGUGCAUUCUCUGUGACAAAGCGUUCUCUCGCAGCAAUAACCUAACAAGACAUUUAAGGAUUCACACUGGUGAAAAACCAUUCAAGUGUACCGUCUGUCAGAAAGAGUUCCAACGGAGCACCGAGCUAAAAAAUCAUCUCCAGCGAACGCAUUGAACGUCCCUAUAAAUGACAAAAAAUGUCAUUUGCCUUGAAGAGAUGCGCUGUGCUCUGCAUUCUCGGAAUUUUGGGGGACAAAGUAGGCGCUUUUUGGGCCAUCUUUUCCUAGUUAUAUGUUUGGUCAGUUUAUUUUUGUUUUGUUGUAUACUUUUUUUAUUGAUUUCUCGAAGUUUAACUUUUUGUUUCUUGUUGUUUGUGUUGUAAAUUAGCAAUUAAAGCGAUCAUUUACAGUG